AUGGGCAGCACCGGAUCCGCACCGGCAACACCAGGCCCGCACCGGCAGCACCGGCCCCGCACCGGCAGCACCGGACCCACACCGGCAGCACCGGACCCAAUGGGCAGCACCGGAUCCACACCGGCAGCACCGGCCCCACACGGGCAGCACCGGACCCACACCGGCAGCACCGGACCCAAUGAGCAGCACCGGAUCCACACGGGCAGCACCGGACCCACACGGUCAGCACCGGAUCCGCACCGGCAGCACCGGACCCACACGGGCAGCACCGGCCCCACACCGGCAGCACCGGACCCGCACGGGCAGCACCGGCCCCGCACCGGCAGCGCCCCCCGCGGGGAGCCGGACACUCCGAGCCCCGCCUCACCCCCCCCCCCCCCCGCCCGCGGGCCGCGCGGGGCCAGCUCCGCACCCGCCUCCGUUGUCUCCGCGGGCCGGCGCCGGCCCACGGGCGGUAUCGGCAGCCGCAGACCCGGGCGGGUCCCCGCUCGCCCCGAGCCGCCGCCCACGACCCGCCGUUACCGAGCGGGGCCCGGGCUGGUCCCGCUGCGCAGCCGCGGCCGGGCCGGGGCCGCCGCCGUCGCUAUGGCAACCGCGCCCCCCGCGCUCCUGCCCGGGAAACCGGCUCGCUUCCCGGGAGCGGCGGACCAAUGGCAACGCAGAGCCGCGGGCGCUGGCCAAUCAGCGCCUGAGUGA